AUGGCAUUGGCUGCUGCAGCUGUGGCCGCCGGCACUUGGGCUACCGCCGCUUACCUAGAUGCAAAGUUUCACGUCAGAAAAGAUCUUACUUUACUGAGGAAGUUGAAACAGGCAGAAUGGGACUACAAACAGCAGGUCAAGGCCGAUCGAGUCAAUGUCUGGUACAUUAUAGCGGAGACGUGCCACAGGCAAUGGGACGACCGAGCAAUCUGGUUCCGCGGGCGGACCAUCUCUUUCGGCGAGUUCUAUGAACAGACUGUCCGCUAUGCGAAUUGGAUGUUGGAUCAAGGAAUCCAACCGGGUGAGCUGGUGGGCAUGUACCUCAUCAACUCACCCGAGUUCAUGAUGAUCUGGUUUGCCACUCUGUGCAUUGGCGCAGCACCAGCAUUCCUGAACUACAACCUCGAAGGAAAAGCACUCCUCCAUUGUUUACAGGUGUGUGAGACCAAACUCAUCAUUGUCGACGACGACGAGGGGUGUCAAAGCCGCAUACAAGGCAGUCGUUCCGCCAUCGAGGCCAAAGGAACCAGAAUUGCCGUUCUCGACGACGCUCUCAAGGCUGAAGUCUCAGCGAGACCAGCGGUAUGCCCGGAGAACAAAUAUCGCGAUGGCACUGCGGGAUCUUUUCCGUACUGUCUCAUCUAUACCAGCGGCACCACCGGUCUCCCGAAAGGCUGUGCGUUUACCCAAUCCCGCCUGCGACUACUCGGCGGUCACUACGAGCCCUAUUUCGAGGGCAAACCUGGCAACGACGUGUGGUACAACAGUAUGCCACUCUACCACGGCACCGGGGCCAUUACCUCCUCCAUGGCUCUUUUGGGAGGCCUUGGUCUCGCGCUGGCGCCCAAGUUCUCCGUCUCACGUUUCUGGAAUGACGUACAUGACUCACGUGCCACUUUCUUCAUCUACGUGGGCGAGACAGCCCGCUACCUCCUGAACGCGCCUCCACACCCGCUGGAACGGUCCCACAGACUACGUCUCUGCUAUGGCAAUGGCCUACGACCGGACGUCUGGGCUAAGAUGCAGUCACGUUUCAACAUCCCCGAGGUUGGCGAGUUCUUCAAUUCCACCGAAGGCAUGUUCAGUCUUGUCGUCUGGGACAAAGGCCCAUUCCUCGCCGCCUGUGUGGGUCACCACGGCGCCAUUAUGCGAGCGUUGCUACACAACACCUACGUUCCUGUGGCAAUCGACCACGAAACAGGUGACAUCUGGCGAGAUCCCAAAACGGGACUCGCAAAACGCACCACGUACGCCGAGGGUGGCGAAAUCAUCGUCAAGGUUCCCAAUAAGCAAGCCUUUCAGGGUUACUGGCGCAAUGACGGCGCCACGGACAAGAAGUUCGCGUCUGAUGUCUUCGCCAAGGGCGACGUGUGGUACCGUUGCGGCGACGCUCUCAGACGCGAUGCGGACGGCAAGUGGUUCUUCCUCGACAGGCUAGGCGACACUUUUCGCUGGAAGAGUGAGAACGUCUCGACCGCCGAGGUAUCCGAAUGCCUCGGGAAGUAUCCCGGCGUCGCGGAGGCUAACGUCUACGGGGUGUUGGUGCCGAACCACGAGGGGCGUGCUGGCUGCGCGGCGCUGCAUCUCGCUGAAGGACACGAUCCUGCGCGCUUCGAUUACAAUGCCAUGCUGCGGUAUGCUAGAGAGAGGCUGCCCAGGUAUGCGGUUCCAGUGUUCUUGAGGGUGGUGAAGGCCAGUACGCACAUCCACAAUCAUAAACAAAACAAGGUGCCCUUGCGGAAGGAGGGCGUGGAUCCGAAAUUGAUCGGUAUUGAAGCCCCUGAAGGACGAGACGAUCUCUUCCUGUGGCUGAAACCUGGAGGCAACGGGUACGAGAGCUUUACGGCGGGAGAUUGGGGUGUGCUGGAAAGAGCUGAGGCUCGGUUGUAG